CGUUGAGUGCGUCUUGGAAAUAUGGCGGCGCCCAUGCUUGCUCGGCUGCAACUAUGGAGGAGCUGAUAACAGCUAGACUGCAUGCUUGACUUGGCAGGCACCAGACAUGUGAUAUAGAAGAUUAGAAGAUAAUGUGCGGUAGAGGAACAUGUACAUGGAGUUGUGAUGGGGAACUAUAAGUCAAGACCUACUGUGUCUUGUGGGGAUGAGUUAAAGAAGAAGAUCAGUGAGAGUUAUGCUGUGUUGAGAUCCCGAUUGAUAGAAGACUUGAGGAUACGAGAUGCAGAAUGGACUGAGUUACAGCAAGCCUGCAGCCGAGGUGAUACCAGUAAGGUGAAUGAACUCCUGAAUGAAGACAAUGUAGAGAAGGACAGCUCUUUGUCACUGUUACACAUUGGCUGCAUAGCCACAGGCUCUAAUAAAGACCACAUUAAAUGUCUUCUUAAGAAGGGAAGCAAGCCCACUGCCCUCAGUAAGAAUGGAUACUCUCCUCUGCACCUUGCUUGUUACAGGGGUGAUGUUGACCUAAUUCAGAGUUUGCUGGAGGGAGGAGCAGAUCUUGCCCAGACUGGCUACAGUGAUAUUACAGCACUGCACAUAGCAGUAAUGUGUGGUCAUGAUGAAGUUGUCAAGUUGUUACUCAACCAAGGGGCAGAUGUCAAUGCAGCUGAUGGUGUGAAGUUUUCACCACUUCAUAUAGCUUGUUACUUUGGGCAUGAAAAGGUUGUAGAAGAUCUAAUCCAGCAUGGGGCAGACAUUAACAUCAGUGGGGGAGUGGGAGACCGUCCUAUCCACCUGGCCUGCAGUAAGGGCUACCUCAGGAUUACACAGUUUCUGGUGGAGGGCAGACCAGGCCAAAAAGCUGAUGUAAAUGUAAUGGAUGAUGAGCAGCACCGUCCAGUCCAUUUCUGCUGUAAAUCUGGUCACCUAGCAAUACUGCACUACUUACUUCAGCACCAGGCCGAACCCCAUGGUAGUAGUAUAUACGGAGACACCCCGCUACAUCUGGCUUGUUACAGCGGCAAGGUAGAGGUAGUGAAACAUCUCAUAAAGGAAACAGGGACAGAGAGUUUGACAAUUGAAAACAUAUUCAGUGAAACACCCCUCCACAGUGCCUGCACAUUUGGGAAAAGUUUGGACCUGGUGAAAUUUUUACUGGAGCAGAAUGUGGUGAACAUUAACUAUCAGGGCAGAGAUGGACACACAGCCCUCCAUAGUGCCUGUUACCAUGGUCACCUUCGUCUAGUCCAGUUUCUAUUGGACAGUGGAGCAGACAUGAAUCUGGUGGCCUCUGUCAGUGAACAAAAUGGCGACAGCGAGAAGAAGGAAGAGCAGACAUGUCUUAUGUGGGCUUAUGAAAGAGGUCAUGAUUCUAUAGUCACUCUGCUAAAGCACCACAAGCGUCCUCAGGAUGAGUCUGCAUGUGGUGACUACACUCACCCCGGUGGUGAUGGCUCCUACGUUUCCGUUCCCUCACCACUGGGCAAACUGAAAAGUAUUACUAGAGAAAAGAUAGAUAUUCUCCACUUACGUGUCAAUCUUCCCCACCACUUCCACAUUGAUAUCCUAGACCUGGAGUUUCAGGAGACCAUAGGUAGUGGUUCCUUUGGGAAAGUCUGCAAGGGAAAGUACGCAGGAAAGACGGUAGCUGUUAAAAGGUACCGUGCCAAUUCCUUCAGUGCCAAGUCAGAUGUGGACAUGUUCUGCAGGGAAGUCUCCAUACUGGCCAAACUGCACAGUCCACAUGUGGUCAACUUUGUAGGAGCAUGUCUGGAUGACCCUAGUCAAUUUGCCAUUGUUACUGAGUUUGUCAGUGGAGGAUCUUUAUUUAGCAUCCUCCACGAACAGAAGAGAUUACUAGACCUACAGUUCAAGCUGACCAUCAGUCUGGACGUGGCUAAAGGGAUGGCAUACCUCCAUAAUCUGCCACAACCCAUCAUCCACAGAGAUCUGAACAGCCACAACAUACUGCUCAAUGAAAAUGGACGUGCAGUGGUGGCGGACUUUGGAGAAUCUCGCUUCCUUCGCUGUUUGGAAGAAGACAAUAUGACCAAACAACCAGGGAAUCUCCGUUGGAUGGCCCCUGAGAUCUUCACCCAGUGUACCAAGUAUAGUGUCAAGGCAGAUGUGUUCAGCUAUGCCCUGUGUCUGUGGGAACUGCUGUCUGGGGAACUCCCAUUUGGUCACCUUAAACCUGCUGCGGCUGCUGCAGACAUGGCAUACAGGAGUACACGGCCGCCUCUGGCUAUUACCUUCCCUAAACCUAUAGUGGCAUUACUACAGAAAGCCUGGCAGUCCAACCCUGAGGAACGUCCAGAAUUCUCAGAGAUUGUCGUUGACCUUGAGGAGUACAAAAAGUCUCUGAACUCCACUGUAGAGGGAGCUGAGGAGCCCACAACGUUCUUUUACUCUACAACCCACUCUAGUAGCAUAUCAUCUCAGACAUCUGAUGCAGAGGAGGAGGAAGAGGAAGGGAGGAGCACGCCUCCUCUAACUGGGAGGGUGUUGGCUAUGAGGACACACUGGGAGCUGGAAGCCUCUAGAAAUAGUGGGGUUCCACUGGAUGAGGUCAGAAGACGGUUACCAUUUCCACAAAUAGAUAAUAACGGUUAUGUGUCUGAUCCCCUCAGUACUCUGCGCCUCCCUAUCAAUGUGAGUCCACCUUCAACGCCAGUUGAGUCCAUCUUAAACAGCUGUGGUGAUUUUGAGUCUGGGGAUUUCUGAGUCUCAAUGAACUGUAAACAAGUCAACAUUACAAGAUCUAUGCACAGUGAAAUUACUGCCACAGGAAGCUACAGCACAUUAUAAUGGAUAGAGGACAGAACUGUUAGGUCACAGAUUUUCUGAUAUUAGAACUUGAAUACUUUUUAAUGAAUUUUAAAUUGCACAAUUUGCUGUUGACCUUGCAGUAUGUGCAAUAAUAUAUAUAUGUUAAUUUAUGGUUUUACAAUUUGUUAUACUUACUGCAGUACAUGUCUUUAAAGAGCACUAGUUAAACAUAAUUUAACACAUUGUCAGUGCUUUUGAUUAAUCAGAUAUAUUUUUAUUGGUCGGAAUUACAUCUGGAUUUAAACACUGACUGGCAUGCAAGGAUAGCUGCACUGGAUCUAUGUAUACUCUACCCGGGGCUAGCUUGAGAAUGACUUUCUCUUUCUUUCAAAAAUUCUCACAGUACAGGAAAGUGCAGACUGAUAGCCAGUGAAAUAUCUGUGAAUAGGACUCAUUCUGUGUAGAGGGUAGUCUACAGACCAGUUGUGUGGAUACUGCUGUUACAGUAGUAGUAGUGUAGAUAUGGUAUAAUACUUUAAUAAUGGAGGAAGUUUUACCCUCUGUUAGGGGAGCAGAUAAAUUAUGUGCACUUUUCUGUUGUGGGAGAGAUUCGUGUCACAAAUUAGCCAGGGGCAUACCUAUGAAUAUCUAGCGAAAAAUCAAUCUGAGACCCUGGUAGAGGUAAGAAGAAAUUCUGGUCUCGAUGAGGUGUGCCUUAAAUACUCAAGAGAUGAUUAAGAUUAAUUUUGAAAUAAAAAUACAAAAUACUCUUAAUGGUAUCUUUUCAUACAGCAAGCCAGUUCAUUAUUGCACCGAGUAUUAAAUUUUCAACAACAGAGAUAAAAACCUUUUAGUUGGGUUUUAUUACUAAUUCGAUGUCUAUGGCUUAAAGGGUUUUCACAAUAGACAACUUGAGCAGACAAUAUUUAUUUUUUUUUAUAGAAAAACUGUUUUGCUCAGUUUGGUAACCAUAUAUUUAUAUUUUAUACUUUGGAAAAGAAUUUGGUCAGUAUACCUGUUACGCCCUAGAUUUUGCUUGUUCAAAGGCUAUGUUAUGCAUGAUUAAGUUUUUCUUUUUCAGUUAUUAACAUGUGAACU